AUGUUUCUUGUACUUAAUGAACUCAAGAAUGUUGGUGAAGACAGACUCGCAAACUUCAACGCUUUGAAAUCAAUUAUAACGGAUAAUGAGAUAAGAAUUAAUGAAAAGAAUCAACCCAGAAGAACUGCUCAGAACGUUGCAAACUUCAUUUUCGUAACUAAUAACGUUUACCCUGUCAAAAUUGAAGUUGGAGACAGAAGAUAUGUAGUUUUAAGAGUUAAUGGUAAAUUCAAGGGUCAAUUUGAUUACUUCAAGAAUUUGAUGAAUUCAUGCACAAAGGAAUUUUAUGAUAAUUUACUGACGUAUUUUAUGCAAUAUGACCUUUCAUCAUUUAAUGUACGAAUCAUUCCGAUGACUGAAGCCAAACAAGAUUUAAUUGAAUUAUCAACAAAUCCUUUAGAUGUAUGGAUAAAUACACAUUAUGAUGAAUUGUGUGUAGGUAUGACGUGUAAAAAUGCUCUAUUCUGCAAACCAUCAGACAUGAAAGACAAGAAUUUCCAAAUGAGUAUUAAGGAUAAAUGUGAUAGGAAACAAAGAAAAAUAGAUGGUAAACAGACAUGGUAUUAUGUUUUGAAAGAAGAAAUGAAAGGAUUAUAUAAACAAGUUGAACCAAACGAUAAUGAUGAUUCAUUUACUGACGAUGAAAUACCUGUAAAUGAUGCUUUAUAA